CACCAACGUAAACAUCCGUCUUUAUAGAUUUGCUCUUUGGUAAUAACAUUCAAAUAGGCUUUUAAAUAUUUUGAAAAUUAAAUAGAAUAUAAACCAUAAGUUCUUCAGUAAAUUAAAAAAAUAAAUAAGUUUUUUCUCAUUCGUAAUAAUUGCAGUAUUUUCAAUUAUUAAAAGAUGCCUCUACCGCCAGCUUUAGCUAAAAGACUAGCUACUCGUGGAAUACUUUCCCAAAACGAUGCCCAAACUAAUGUUAAAGAAGUAGAAGAAGAAGUAAUUGCAGAAUGCUAUGACGAUAUUCAAAAUUCAAGUUCUGAUUCUCAAGACAGUGAUGAAGAAAAUGAUAAACCUGACCCUAAAAUAUUAGAUAAAUUUAAAGGCCAUCAUGGUUGUCCUAAUAAGUCAAAUGUAUACCAUGAGUGUACAACAUUUUGUGAACAGCGAUGGAAAAAUGGAAAUAAAAGACCAAAAAAUGGAUAUUUAAAAGCUAGAAAUGCAUUAUUAGAAAAAUAUCCUUUGCCGAACAAUUGGCAUGAAGUAUAUGAUCCUGGAACUGGUCGUUUUUACUAUUGGGAUUUUGUAAACGAUUCGGUCAGCUGGCUACCUCCAAGUCACCCUCGUUCAAUAGUCACCGAUUCUGUGGCACAAUUUCGAUUCGAACGACAUGCAAUAAUGCAAAACAUGGAUGAGAAAAGUUCCGAUUCUGAGAGUAACAGUGAAGACAGUGAAGAUGAACAACUAAAGAGAAAAAAAAAUCCUCCUCUACCGCCAGUUCAAGAGAUCCGGGCAAAAGAGGUCAGAUACGAUAGGGAACCAAAACGCAAAGAACCCCCAAGGAAAGUAAUUAAAUCAAAUGAUCUUGAUCCUAUGGACCCGGCAUCUUAUUCAGAUAUUGCCAGAGGUUCAUGGAAUGAUGGAUUAGCAGUAGACACAAAGUCAGGAGUGGACACUACCGCUUCAGGACCAUUAUUUCAAAUGCGACCGUAUCCUAGUCCAGGUGCUGUUUUACGAGCGUCAGGUCAACAAGCCAAGCGUAAAUAACCUUUCUAAUUUUUAUAAAAAGGCAUUUUUAUUAUACAAGUAUCUCAUUUAAAAAAAUUAUGAGAAUUUAAAUAAUCAUUAAACAAUUAAUAUAUACAUUCAUAA